AUGUUAAACUUUAGUACUAUAUCAUUACGUCGAACGCCAUUUCAAAGAACUGCUGGCCCAUUGGUUGUUGAUGUAUCAUCAAAAUUACUGGGGAGGUUGCCAACCGAAAAUUUAAGGAUGUCCUUUCGCUGUUCACAUUCUUACCCUUUAAUGACUACCCAACAAUUGCUUGAAUUUAAAGAUGCAUCGUUAUUCUCCUCUACUUAUCGAGACUUUAUGGAAUGGAAUAAUCUGAAGAUUUUGCAGCGUGGCAAGUUCUUUGAUGCUAAUUUACAGAAAUAUUCCCUGGAGUGGGAAAAUACUCAAAAAUAUGAGCCAUUGAUAGCCCAUUCGUUGGCCAGAUGUAUGCUAGUUGACCAUAAAUUGAACAGCUUCCCCUAUUUUGAUUUUAACAUUAUUAUUGUCUACACAGAACUAGAAAAAGCACAUAGACUAGCAAAGCUACUUCUUGACUACGUUGAACAAGUGAACCCAGAACAGGCACUUUUACAAAAUUGCUGUCUAGUUCCCGUAUACAACCUUCCUGCCUCAAAAAAAGAACGGAAGCUAGAGGAAAAUACAGAUCCACGUAUAAGUGUUAUUGACCAGGGCAUUCUGCUAGCUGAAUCUUGGGAUUGUGUACUAGAGGAUCCGGUUUAUGUGAUAUUAAUGGAUGAUGUUAUGAAAUAUCUCUCGUGUGAUUUAAUUCGGUGGAACAAGGACAAUGUAUGGGAGCAAAUGUAUGUUGAGGUAGAAACUCUCAAAGAUCGCAAGACUGCCACAUUUCGUGAAAUGGAAUACUGGUGUAAUAUUUCACAUAAACUCUCUACUCCAUUGGAUUUAUCUUAUAAACAUGGGUCAGAGAUGUAUGUUCCUACAAGAUUUACUCAGCUACUCUACCAUUUGAAGAACUCGCUUCCUGAACACAAACUCUUUGCAUUAGGUGUUAGUCGUGUACAGCCUUGGUAUUAUGAUUGGCUGUAUAGUAGGGAGAAACGGGCCAUGGAAAAUACCCGGGCUUACCAAGUCUAUGAUAUCUUUGAAAAGCAAGAAGUGGAAACGAUCUUUAUCUCUGAUUUCAAAAAGUUAAAGGACCUUUAUAUUAGCAUUAACGAUGGUAAAAAGCUAGUAACCACGGACUCACUAUCUGAUUUUAAUGAAGACUGGAUGGAUUUAGCUGAGACUGAGGAGAUGUUGGGUAAAGAUUUAUCUAGGGAAUAUGAAUUACUGCAGGCUAGCCGACUGCAUAUUCUAAGGCCAGUCUAA